GGGGAGGUGGGGUGUCAAGAGAGAGGAGCGGAGCGGAGAAGAGACCUGUUAGCGGAGCGCGCGGCGCUUCUCUCUCUCCCGUCGCUCCGCGCGCGCCCCUCACUGAGCCCCUCAUGAAGCCGCUCUCCGUUCGCAACGACUUCAUUCGCGCUCUUCCCGGGCACGAGCUGCCGGACCCGGCUGCCGCCGCGUGUCUUUUGCUCCAUCUCUGAUUUGGGAGCGAUCCUGGGGACUGCACAACAUUUUUUGCAGCGUCCUAAAGUUUUUCUUUUCUUUUUUCCCGCUUUUGCUUAAAAAUCUUUUUUUUUUUUUUUUUCCCUGCGACAACUGGCAGGAGGGGGAAGCGCAUCUGCGCGUGACACCCAUGACGCCGCGGAUGCUGUGACCCUCGCUCGGCUCGGCGGACAUGCGGGGGGCUCCCAGGGGCCGCGCCGCCGAGUGCGCGAGCUCGCAGUGCAGCCGCGACGCCGAGCUCGUGGUGAACAUCGGCGGCGUGCGCCAGGUGCUGUGCGGGGACGUGCUGAAGCGCUACCCGGAGACGCGCCUGGCCGAGCUGCUGGACUGCUCCUCUCGCGGCCUGGACGCAGUGCCCUCCCUCUGCGACGACUACGACCCGGGAAAGGGCGAGUUCUACUUCGACAGGGACCCGGACGCCUUCCGCUGCAUCCUGGAGGUCUACUACUUCGGGGAGGUACACAUGAAGCGCGGCUUCUGCCCCAUCUGCUUCACCAAGGAGAUGGAGUUCUGGAAGGUGGACACCAGCUUCCUGGACGAGUGCUGCCGGAGCAGCCUGAGCGAGAAGGAGGAGGAGCUGGCCGAGAUCGCCCACAAGGUGCGGCUCAUCCUCGACGACCUGGAGGGCGACCCGGGCGCCGGCCGCUGGCAGCGGGGCCAGAAGUUCACGUGGAAGCUCAUGGAGAAGCCAGAGUCGUCGGCGGCGGCGCGCGUCGUCGCCGUCGUCUCCUUCCUCUUUAUCCUCGUGUCCUCCGUGGUGAUGUGCAUGAGCACGAUCCCCGACCUGCAGGUGGAGGAUGCCGACGGGAACCACGUGGAGCACCCCACGCUGGAGGCCGUCGAGACGGUGUGCAUCGGCUGGUUCACCGUGGAGUACCUGCUGCGCCUCAUCUCCUCGCCCAACAAGGUACACUUUGCGCUCUCCUUCAUGAACAUCAUAGACUUCAUGGCCAUCAUGCCCUUCUACGUGGUGCUCACACUCACGCACCUGGGCACCGCCGUCAUGGAGCUGGCCAACGUGCAGCAGGCGGUGCAGGCGCUCCGCAUCAUGCGCAUCGCGCGCAUCUUCAAGCUGGCGCGCCACUCGUCCGGCCUGCAGACGCUCACCUACGCCCUCAAGAGGAGCUUCAAGGAGCUCGGCCUGCUGCUCAUGUACAUGGGCGUGGGCAUCUUCGUCUUCUCCGCGCUCGGUUACACCAUGGAGCAGAGUCACCCCGAGACCCUGUUCAAAAGCAUCCCCCAGUCCUUCUGGUGGGCCAUCAUCACCAUGACCACCGUGGGCUACGGGGACAUCUACCCAAAAACCACGCUGGGCCGAUGCAACGCCGCCAUCAGCUUCCUGUGCGGGGUCAUAGCCAUCGCGCUGCCCAUCCACCCCAUCAUCAACAACUUUGUCAUCUACUACAACAAGCAGAAGGUGCUGGAGACGGCGGCCAAACACGAGCUGGAGCUCAUGGAGCUGCACUCCCACGAGGGCGGUGCCACGGGGUCUCGGGAGCGGGGGGGGUGGCGCGAGGCCGAGGCCGGGGGCGGGGCGGGGCCCGGGGUCGGGGUCGGGGCCGGCUCGCUCCCGGACGCCCGCGUCCCGCUCAUGACGGAGUGCCGCAGGACCGGGCAGCCCGAGAGCUGCGAGUGACCGCGCUAAACAGAGUCGCAGACCCCCCACAGAGACUGAGCGCUCUGCCACCAGAGACUGUGAAGCUCCUUGAGGCGAAGGUCCACGCGGUGCAGCAUCUUCUGGAACAUCUCCACUAGACAGGGACAUCCGAGGGACACCAGAGCCAUACCGGACCAGACCAGAGCAGACUCCUAAGAGUGAUACCUGAAGGGCGUUCCACGGCUCUCGCGGAGAUCUGCGAUAUCUGACAGAUGUGGGAGCGCCAUCUCUGGUAUCAGUGGUGCGUGACUGACACCAGAGUGAUACCAGUGCUGGAGCGGUAUCUGUGGGAUAUCAGUGAUCUCCGAGGUGAGACCCUCCCAAAGUCCUGCAAGAAGAGCCCAGCGCCCGACGUGUAAGAGCUGCCCGUUUUAUGGUUAUUUAAUAAAGUUCCUGCAUGAGAAACUCACUGGAGGAGGUGAACGUUUGUUACCGCGGUGCCAGAAG